CUUGUACUCCCUCACUAAGCUUUUUGUCCUCCAAAAUUCCAUUAAAAUUACAUAAAAAGCUUAGCAAAAAUAUAUGAAAUCAAGAAUAUAACUUGGGGUUUGCUUCUUAAUGGCUUCUUCAAUAUUGAGUGGAGCUGAGAAUUUCAAGAUUCUUAGUGGAAUUUCUCCCUAUGGGUCAUCGUUUCUUGGUUCAGAAUUGAAUAUUAAGAGUUUUCCUCAAAAGGGUAUUGUGAGUUAUUCAAGGAAUUUGAAUUCUAAAUCAAGAAGAACUCUAAGACCUGUCAAAUGUAGUUUGUCUGCUUCAAGGCCAGUUUCUCAACCAAGAUUCAUACAACACAAAAAGGAAGCAUUUUGGUUUUACAGGUUCUUGUCUAUUGUGUAUGACCAUGUGAUAAAUCCUGGGCAUUGGACUGAAGAUAUGAGAGAUGAUGCACUUGAGCCUGCUGAGCUACACAGUAGGUAUUUGCAAGUGGUGGAUGUAGGUGGUGGAACUGGAUUUACAACUCUUGGAAUUGUUAAGCAUGUUGAUGCUAAAAAUGUGACAAUUAUUGAUCAGUCACCACAUCAGCUUGCUAAGGCUAGACAAAAGGAACCAUUGAAAGAGUGCAAGAUAAUUGAAGGAGAUGCUGAGGAUCUUCCAUUUCCUACUGAUUCUUUUGAUAGAUAUGUUUCAGCUGGAAGCAUUGAGUAUUGGCCAGAUCCACAGCGUGGUAUCAAGGAAGCUUACCGAGUACUAACCAUAGGUGGGGUUGCUUGCCUAAUUGGUCCGGUCUACCCGACAUUUUGGUUAUCUCGUUUCUUCGCAGAUGUGUGGAUGCUCUUUCCAAAAGAAGAAGAAUAUAUAGAGUGGUUUAAAAAGGCUGGUUUCACACAAGUUAAACUCAAGCGUAUCGGCCCAAAAUGGUAUCGUGGUGUCCGCCGACACGGGCUAAUCAUGGGCUGCUCUGUGACUGGUGUGAAGCCAUAUGCUGGGGAAUCUCCAUUGGAGCUCGGUCCUAAGGUUGAGGAUGUGAGCAAGCCUGUAAACCCGUUCGUAUUUCUCUUGAGAUUCAUGCUUGGCUUAAUGGCUGCAAGUUACUACGUGCUCGUUCCGAUAUACAUGUGGCUCAAGGAUCAAAUCGUCCCGAAAGGUCAGCCCAUCUGAAUAAUAAGAAGAAUUAUCAAUCCAAGAGAAGUUCUGCACAAAUUCUGUUUGACUGUGCGCCACCAGUGACCACAAAUCUGUCGAGUACCGACAAAGUUUUUGGCGUCGUCACAGAGGUGAAUUUGUUGCUUUAGUCUGUUAGUUUUGCAGCCUUAGAAAGGGCCCUUGUAAAGUUUGAUUUCAUGGUAAAACCUAGAAAAUGUUUGUGAUGUUUCCUAGUUGUAUAAUCUAUUAUUCAUGUUUUUUAUCAUGAGUUGACGAAACUCGUUGAAAUAAAUAGUAGUAAUACAUUAUUUGCCA